UCCUCCAUAGGCUCUCUCUCAGGCGGAGACGAACAACCAGGUUCCCCACUAUGGACUUAUGGCGGUGGUUACCAUCGUGUUGACAUGAUGUCGUUUUACUCGGAUGCUAUUUAGCGUCGCUCUUUCACUCCUCUGUUAUCCAUCACUAUGGCAACCAUCGGGGAAUUUGAUCCACUCAACACGAGAGUCCCAGCAACUAAAAUAGAAGUUACCGUCUCGUGCCGGAGUCUUCUGGAUGUGGAUACAUUCUCAAAGUCCGAUCCUGUGGUUGUGCUGUAUUUGCAGGGUAUUGGCACCAAAGAGUGGAGGGAGUCUGGACGGACGGAGGUGAUCGAUAACACCCGCAAUCCAGAUUUUGUCAGAAAGUUUGUCUUGGAUUUCUUCUUUGAAGAAAAACAAAAUCUAAGGUUUGAUGUGUACAAUGUGGACUCCAGAAGCUGUAACAUUUCCAAACACAAGGAUUUUUUGGGCCAGACGUUUUGCACCCUGGGAGAAAUCAUCGGCUCCACCGGAGGACGCCUGGAGAGGACUCUCUCUGGAAUUCCAGGAAAGAAGUGUGGGGUCAUUAUCUUAACUGCUGAGGAGCUCAGCAACUGCAGGGAUAUUGCUACCAUGCAGCUGUGUGCCAACAAGCUGGAUAAGAAAGACUUUUUUGGCAAAUCAGACCCCUUCUUGGUUUUCUAUCGCAGCAACGAGGACGGAACGUUCACCAUCUGCCAUAAAACAGAAGUGAUCAAAAACACGCUGAACCCGGUGUGGCAGCCCUUCACCAUCCCUGUUAGAGCUCUCUGCAACGGCGACUAUGACAGGACUGUAAAAAUAGACGUCUAUGACUGGGAUCGAGAUGGAAGUCAUGACUUCAUUGGCGAGUUCACUACCAGCUACAGAGAGCUUUCUCGAGGACAGAACCAGUUCAACGUCUAUGAGGUUUUAAAUCCCAAGAAGAAGGGCAAAAAGAAGAAGUAUGUCAAUUCAGGAACUGUAACUCUGCUGUCCUUCAAAGUGGAGUCCGAGUACACCUUUGUGGAUUUCAUCCGAGGAGGGACACAGCUGAAUUUCACUGUUGCCAUAGACUUUACAGCGUCCAAUGGUAAUCCAUCGCAGCCCACCUCCCUUCACUAUAUGAGCCCCUACCAGAUGAAUGCAUAUGCUAUGGCCCUAAAAGCAGUGGGUGAGAUUAUCCAGGACUAUGACAGCGACAAGCUCUUUCCCGCCUAUGGUUUUGGAGCUAAGCUGCCCCCUGAUGGCAAAAUAUCCCACGCAUUCCCACUGAGUGGCGACAACGAUAAUCCAAACUGCGUGGGCAUAGACGGGGUCCUGGAGGCCUACUUCCAGAGUCUAAGAAGUGUACAGCUGUACGGACCCACCAACUUUGCACCCGUUAUCAACAAAGUGGCCAACUGUGCAUCAGAGAUAACAGAUGGCUCGCAGUACUUUGUCCUGUUGAUGAUCACAGAUGGAGUCAUAUCGGACAUGGUCCAAACCAAAGAGGCUGUGGUCAAUGCAGCAUCGCUCCCACUAUCUAUAAUCAUUGUAGGUGUUGGACCUGCAGAGUUUGAUGCAAUGGAAGAGCUGGAUGGUGAUGAGGUGAGAGUAUCCUCCAGAGGGCGCCUCGCUGAGAGAGACAUUGUACAGUUUGUUCCGUUCCGGGACUACGUGGACAGAUCCGGAAACCAGGUCCUCAGCAUGGCCCGGCUGGCUAAGGAUGUCCUCGCCGAGAUACCAGACCAGCUGCUGUCUUUCAUGAAGAGCCGAGGGAUAGAACCGCGACUGGCCCUCUCCUCCUCACCGCUUCCUUAGCCGGCAUUUCCACUUGUCUCCUCCAUUUUCCACCCCAAAAAACCAUCAACAACCUGUCCUCCCUCUCAAAUCAUCUCCACCACAUCCACCAGCAUCAUCUCCUGACAAGUUAAACCGGAACAAAGCUCUGCAUGUGUAAAAGUGAUCAUGUCCAUAAUUGGCAAGAAGUAGUGUCUAGCUCUAUUGGGAUGGGCAACAUAUUCAUUUUAUUUCAGUUUUAAUCAGAGCAAGAAGGUCAAAAUAAAUGGACUUGUCAAGUCAAUUCAAUUUGAUCAAAACUUGGGACAGGCAUUUUUGCAGCAGAUUUCUAAAAACAGCCAAGUGCUUGUGUUAAAUAGAGGAUCUUUGCAUUUUUUUGCAGCGGGUACUUAAAAACAAUAGAGCAGUCUUGUCAUGUAGAAGAUCUUUGACUCGUGUAUUUUUUUGCUGUAGGUUGUUAAAAACAACAGAACAUUCCUGACAUAAAGAGGAUUAUUGACUUUUUUUUGGCAGUUUGUUCUUAAAACAUCAGUGCUCCUGUCAUUAGCAAGUCUGUAUGAUAUUCACAACAGAAGUUAUCUCAAGGCACGUUACACAUGGCUCAUAUAUUUAAAAAAAAGUAGCUGACCCCGACGUAAGGAAGCGCUUGGUGACAGAGGCAAGGAAAAACCACGAACGGAACCUGGAAUUAAUUGGCAAGAUGUCAUGCAUCGCCCUCGAGCACUGACAACCCUCCAAUCAGAUUGCUAUCUCUGUACUACUUGCAGCCAACAAGGGGAGCAUUUGCAUGGUCCCUGAGGACUGUUGUGAUAGGCUGUGAUGUACUAACCAGCUUGUGAGGGCUCAAAUGUCAAGAUUUUCACCGAUAAACCACCCUGAAAGACAAAACCCCACAUCAAUCUGCCAGCACCACACCCACCCAUCUUUUCACAGCAUGACGUGAUGCUGGGUGCAGAUUUGUCCUCCUGCUGUUAGAGAAAUGCCAGUCUGCCCUGCAGAGAGGAAGAGGAGGAGGAGGAGGGAGGGAGUAAAGAACAAGUGAGGAGGGUGCAAGGGAGCCGAAAGGGAGAUGCAGGAAGUAAAUAAAAGAAGACGGCAUACUUUUUGAUGAAUAUUUUCGGGUGAGGGGACUCUGAUGGAUGCACAUUCUCUGUGAAGCAAUAGACUCAGCCUGGAUUGUAAUAUUUGCCCUAUGCAUGCUCCCCCACCUCCUACUGUGUACCCACAGCGAGCUGUGUACAAAAUGGACCAAUGUCGCCCUCUUGUGGCAGUCAUACAUACAGACCUUAUUAUCUGUAUUAUGCAUGACAACUGCUAGCUAUGACUUAAUGCAGCUAUUAUUAGUUAACAUCUGCACAUGACUUAGGCCAGAAUUUAUUAACUCAUAAUUUGGUGUAUUUACAUUUUUUUUGGAGUAGUUUUAAAAGCUGUAAACAUUGUGCAAGUACGUGGGUCCAUUUUCUAAUGUUGUAUUAUGUACUAUGAUAACAAGAUGUUGUCCUCAAGUCCCUUGCAUGUUGGGGAAUAAAUGUCAGUCAACAGUGUGUGGUCACUGCAAAACAAUGAAUAAGACAUACGCACGCACACACACACACAAAACUGCUUUUACAAACACAAUAACGCUCACUUUUGAUUAUUUCACUACAUGUUUAUCAAUGCUGUGCCCGUGUACCUAAUAUUGUGUCCCUUCAGUACACAAUGCAUUUAAAUUGUCACUGAUCCUGCAUUGUGUGCCAUGUCUUUUACAGACCAAGAAAGCUGUCCAUUUCACAGGUUGUCAUAAUGUAUAAUAUAUAUGUAACAAUAUAUUCAACAUCAUCUCCUUCUUAAAUUAUUUUGUCUAGAAGUGUUUAAAGUGCUUUAUUUUUGCAAUAGGAUCAUUUUUUUUGUCUCUCCCCUGUCAUUGGUUUGUGCAUGUGUAGAAAGUCAGAUUUAAUGCACAACAUUUUGGCACAUGAUUAAAACCACAAGUUUCACACUAUAGACAUCUUUU